AUGGCGCUCAGGUGCGCCAUCCAGCUCGGCAUCCCUACCGCGAUCCACCACCUCGGCGGUGCCGCGUCGUUGCCUAACCUGGGCACCGCGCUGUCCUCCCACCAUAAAAGGCUUCAUUCCUCAGUCGCCUCUUGCUACUGCUGUCCACGACGUGGGUGCUGGCGUCAAACGAGGUUGGGAUCUACAGCCUCGUGCUGA